CCCCCUUCUCCGUGUUUCCAUUAGCCGGUGUCCGACGGAAGGCGUUGGUCCGCGCAGCCCCCUCUGUCUCGUUGCCGUCGCCUAUUCCGCGCUCGCCGUUUACAAAAAAAACCCCUGCGUGGAGCAGCCUUUUGUCGCGGUCCUUCCUCCAGCCGGGACGACGCGUCUCCUUUUCCCCCUGGAUAACGCGAGCGGGUCGGGGUGUUUUUUGUUGGUGCCGAUGAGAGGAUUCCUACCGCGUUUUCUGUGCGCGCAACGUGGACUCUAAUCUCGUACACACAGUGGGGGGGGGGAGUCAGACGGAAUACAAACAACAAGCCCCGAGCCCCCGGGAAAGACAAGCGCAGACGUCGCCGGCCCACCACCACCCCCCCCUCCCAAGGCGGACCCCCGCGUUCAAAGGAAUGCUGCUGUCCAAGCUCAACUCCCUGGCCCACAUCUCCGCCGUGGACAUGCCGGCGAAGAUCCAGCUCCAUCAAGUGAAGGAGAAGGAGCCGUUCGAGAAGCUCUACCAGGUCGGCGCGGUGCUCGGCAGCGGCGGCUUCGGCACCGUCUACUCCGGCACGAGGACGUCGGACGGAGCUCCGGUCGCAGUCAAGCACGUCGCCAAGGACAGAGUCUCCGAGUGGGGCGAGCUGCCGAGCGGCGCCCGGGUCCCCAUGGAGAUCGUGCUGCUGAAGAAGGUCGGCACGGGCUUCCGCGGCGUGAUCAGAAUGCUCGACUGGUUCGAGCGGCCGGACAGCUUCAUCAUCGUGAUGGAGCGGCCCGAGAACGUCAAGGACCUGUUCGACUUCAUCACGGAGAAGGGCGCCCUGCCCGAGGAGCUGGCGCGCGGCUUCUUCCGCCAGGUGCUGGACGCCGUGCGCCACUGCCACGGCUGCGGCGUGGUGCACCGCGACAUCAAGGACGAGAACAUCCUCAUCGACCUGCGCACCGGCGAGAUGAAGCUCAUCGACUUCGGCUCCGGCGCGCUGCUGAAGGACACCAUCUACACGGACUUCGACGGCACCAGAGUGUACAGUCCUCCGGAGUGGAUUAAAUACCACCGCUACCACGGCCGCUCUGCCACGGUGUGGUCCCUGGGGGUCCUGCUGUACGACAUGGUGUGCGGGGACAUCCCGUUUGAACACGACGAAGAGAUCACAAGAGGGCAGGUCCUCUUCCGGAGGAGAGUCUCCACAGAGUGCCAGCAACUGAUCAAGUGGUGUCUGUCCCUUCGGCCGGCAGACCGCCCGUCCUUCGAGGACAUCGUCAACCACGCGUGGAUGCAGAGCACGUCGUCCACCGUGGUUCCGUCCACAAUGCAGACGGAGAAGACGAGCGCAGAGAUCAGGCUGCACAGCAUUGGCCACGAGCCCGCGGCCUUCGCGCCCACCCCUGUGGCCGCGGCCCGGUGAAGGAGUCAAGCAGUUCACACUGGGCCGAGCUGGACGCCACUGACGCAAGAGACUAUUACAAAAGGACUUGUGUAACAGACUUGAAGCAAUGCACACAGGCGAGCUGUCCCUGCACAGACGAGAGCGUGUAAAGGACUGCACGCAGAGGAGGCCGAGGCUACGACAGAACCGUCGGCCCCGCGGGCAGGCCAGACCUCUCUCCGCCGUCGCCGGCGGAGAGACUGCUUGAUUUUCCAAAUCAUCCGCCCAUGUCAGUUGUCAGAAGGUCACUGAUCCGGGCGGCAGUCAUUUGUCCGUCCGCCGGAGGACAAGCUCCGUAUGCGCAGACACCUGCGCCGAGCGAUCAUAGCACAUUUGCUCGCCGUUCUACUGAACGGGAGGUGGACAGUCGUGAGUUACGUAACUCCUCGCAGCACAGUGCGCUGCUCUCUCUCCCUUCUAAUUCUUGCCGUCACAGAGUGGGAUGAGCAGAGGUGUUGGCGAAGAGGGUUGGGUUUUCUUUAAAGUGCCUUCUGUGAGUCUGUUGGGGGACCCUGAAAAUACUUGAAUUUGUUAAAAGGUUCCUCUCUAGAGCCUUUUAAGCUCCUCACUCUGUCCAAGGCUUUAUGUCAUUUAUUGCUGUUUUUUUCCUCUCAUGGGCCUAGAUCAGUAAAGCCCAUGCCACUCGCAAAACCACGGUCACUACUUCUGCCAACUCCAAUGUCAUUGGCAACUACACAACCUCAUAGCUCUGGCUGUAAAACCUGUGCAAACAAGUCAUAAAAAAACACUGGACUUACCUCACUCUCUUUAGUACAGCAUCCACCUCUACUCUACAACCUCCGCUUCCUGUCCUUCACGUGUUGUACUGUAUACAAACACAAGGCGUUGGCAAUCGGUCGUUCACACCUACCCGAACGCACACCACAAUGCAAACUGAAAAACCACACGGAAAUACAACCUCCACUGCUCUCCUUUACACAGUGCCUCACACAGGUCUUAAAUUUUUUGUGGGGACAAGAAUUGUAAAUAAUAACAAUAUUUAUUAUGGCUGUGACUUUUUUUCUCUCUCUCACACCUAAUGAAACUUGUCGUCACAGAAUUUAUUUAUUUAUUUAUCAGAGAAUUUUGGCUGUACGUAUAUAUUUCAUUCCACAGUCACUGAAGGGCACAGAUUAUUUAAAAUAGAAACACAAAACAAGAAGACCUUUUUUUUUUACCAUAUUUAUGGCGUGAAAUUUUAAGAGAGCAGGCGUGUGUUUGUGUAUGUAAUGUUAAUAACGUUGUAAUUAGUCCCGAAAGCACUUCCAUCUUAAUGUAUGUAAACGAUGAGCGUCUACUGAUGGUAACUGGUGUUGUUACUCUGUCGCCUGCUGUGAGAGCGAGUGAAUUCUGAAUGUUGGAUGUUUGUGUGUGUGUGUCAGAGAUGCGUGAAUGAGGAAAAACUACUGGUUGCAUGAUUGCAGCUUGGAUUGUUGUGUUUUGUUUUUUUCCACCCAUUCAAAUUAGAAUUGUAAAUUAUGUUAGAAAAUAUUUUUAUACAAUUUCAAUAAAUAUUUUUUUUUAACUACGA